AUGUCUGCUGAUAAUUCGAUAGAAUGGAUAGAAAAUUGUAUAAAGGAAAAGCACAUAAAAUAUUACGAAUAUGGUAAAUUUAGUAAUAUAGAAGAAAUAGGUAGAGGAGGAUUUAGUACAGUCUACAGAGCGAAUUAUGGUGAAAAAUAUUUUGCAUUAAAAUCAUUUAAUUCAGACAAGCUCACUGUACAAAAGAUUGUUAAAGAGCGUAUUGGAGAUAAUUCUAAAACAGAAUUAUUUGGCAAAGUUCCGUAUAUUAAUCCAGAAAGAUUUAGUGAAUCAAGAAAUAAAAGAAGAGAAACUUCACCGGGAAGAAAUUCCAUAUCAAAAAAGGUUGAACUGCGUACGCAAAGUGAUAUUUAUAGUCUUGGUGUAUUAUUUUGGGAAUUAUCUAGUGGAAAAUUACCUUUUGCUGGCGAAAAGUAUGAUUUUGAUUUGGCCAUGGAAAUUUCAAAAGGAUUGAGAGAAGCUGUUAUAGAAAAUACACCUGAAGAAUAUUCUAUUAUUUACAUAAGUAAUAAAAGGCCAACGAUUCAAGAAGUUAUUAAAACUUUAAAAGCAAUAAUUUCAUCAUCAAAAAAUACUCAAGAAAUUAUUAUACGCAUUAAUUUAAGUAAAACAAAUGAUAUUACUCCUAGUGAAACACAAAGAUCUGGUUCAAAUGAAAUGAUAACGACAGAAUUGUCUAAAGUCAUUAAAACUUUCCAUGAAAGAAAUUUAAAUACUUCUUCGGCAAACGAAUCAUCGCCAAAUAAAAAAGAUUCAACCCCAGAAGAGACACAUUGUAGUUCAGAAGUAAACAAAGAAAAUUAUGUAACUGGGACGAACGAGACAGCCAAUGGUGUGUACAAAAAAGUCGCUAAAACAAAUAACAUGGACUUAAUUGUUCGCGCAGAUUCUAUAGCGCAAACAGCUUCCACCUCUGAUAUAAUGAGGUAUAUGAUUGAGAUUUUUAACGACGUUGCGGAUUUAUAUAAGACGGCUCAACAUUGUAAAAAUAUAACCAAAAUUUUGAUGGAACGUAUUUUCGCUGCAGUUUCCGCAGUAAUGUUACAAAGAAGAGAAGAUUUGUCAAAAAAUCAUGUCGAUUUACAUAAAUUAGUUCAAACCCUUCAUAAUAUGAAAAUAUAUAUUGAAGAAAUAAUACAAUAUGACAUUGUUCAAAAACAUUUAGAAGAUAAAUCAAUCGAAAACAAGUUUAAAAAUUUAUGCAAAGACUUUGAUGAUAAUAAUUUGUCAUCAUUCGCGAUUGAGUUGAAUACUAAUGCAGAAAAAGAAGAAAAGGUUUUGGCAGAUGACGUUAAGGAACUUUUAAAGUUUCAAAAAAUAUUUGAAGAUUGUAUAAGAAUAUGA